AUUUGUAGGUCUGGGACUAUGAUUCGCGAGAUGUUCGUGAGUUCAGACGAGGAGGAUCUCGAGAGUCCAUGUGACAUCGAUCCGGAGCGUGCCGGCCUCACGCGGCCCAACCGCGACAUGCACAACCGCUGUUGCGGCGGCAAGGCUUGGUGUAUUAAGGACAUAUGCGGUAUAAUAUGCGCGGUGCUAACAUGGAUGCUGAUCCUAUACGCGGAGUUCGUGGUGAUGAUGGUGAUGUUGCUACCCGCCGUGUCGGCCUACCCGCUCUACAGCUACGUCAACAUACUCCUGUUCCAGAGCCUGGCCUUCCUGGCGUUCGCGAGCCAUCUCCGCACCAUGUUCACGGACCCGGGCGCGGUACCAAAAGGCAACGCCACCAAGAAGAUAAUCAAACAGAUGAGUUUCCGCGAGGGCCAGGUCAUCUUCAAGUGCACAAAGUGCUGCAGCAUCAAGCCUGAGCGCGCGCACCACUGCUCGGUGUGCCAGCGGUGCAUCCGGAAGAUGGACCACCACUGCCCGUGGGUCAACAACUGCGUGGGAGAGAACAACCAGAAGUACUUCGUGCUUUUCACGUUUUACAUCGCGGCGAUAUCGAUCCACUCGCUAGCGCUGUCGCUGUACCAGUUCGUGACGUGCAUACGGCACGAGUGGCGCGACUGCAGCACGUACUCGCCGCCCGCCACGGUGGUUCUGUUGCUGUUUCUCAUAGCGGAGGCGCUGCUGUUCGCCAUAUUCACCGUGGUCAUGCUCGGCACGCAGUUGCACGCCAUAUGGAACGAUGAGACGGGCAUCGAACAACUAAAGAAAGAGCAGGCGCGGUGGGUGCGCAAGUCGCGGUGGAAGAACAUACAACAAGUCUUCGGCCGCUUCUCCAUAUUCUGGUUCUCACCGUUCACGCAGCCCUCCAUCAAGACCAAGCUCGACAGCUACUUGUAUAGCGUUUAACACCUCCACACUUUUAUAUCACAAAGUACACCUUUUAGCACUUGAUAUUUUUGCUAAACUACAAAGCGUUCACACGGGAGUACGCGGUUUUGUCGCUGGCGACAAAUACGCGGCUAAAUGCGAUAUGCACACGCGAUAAAUUUGUCUGUAGAAUGUACGUGGCGACGCGUGCGGUGAAUGCAGGACUUAACAAAGCCUUUGUAAACGUUGUAAUAUACUUAAUGUAAUAUCGCGCUUUCGCGGUGUAGUGUUCUCAAUCAAUAAUUUGCCAUUGUAAUCGAUGCAUCUCAGAAUAAGCAAUAUUUUUUCAUAUUAGUGUGCAAUAAUUUUGCUAAGCGUGUUUUUGUAUUCGUUCUUUUUGUACAUAUAGGUACUCGUAUAAUGGUCGAUGGAAGGCACCGCGACUUUUCGGCAGUGGCUCGAGUCGGAAACAGUUUACAAAUAAAAGGGGAAACAAACGUAUUAACAUCACAAAAACUCUGUGCAAUCAAUUUACAAUUGUGAUUCAAAUAGUAUAACAACAGUAUACUUACAUUUAGGCACAGAUCUUAAUAUACGACUGACUUGUAAUUUUAUGGUACAUAUAGAAAUAAUACUUGGUCUUUGAAGUAAUAACAGCAUCGUAUUCUGAUAUUUUUAACGGUGGUAUUACGAUUGUCGGGUUUGGU